GGAACCAUUAUUAACCUUCAAACUCAUUUAUUCAAUUUGACCAAACACUCUAAAUUUUCAAUAUUAAUUUAAACAUGAAUAAGAAGGAGCACAACUGACCGUUACCAUCCACUUGUUUACUCUCGUGAGCAGUUGAACCGAGGAGCCUCACCUCAUAUUCAAAUACAUUUAUAACCAACCAGUGUAUAUAUUCGCCCCCAGCUGAAACACGACUAGCUCCUUACCAUGGGCAUCAAACUAGAAGAUCACCACAGACCUACACUUACUCUAUCCAAACUCCCAUAUUGCAAGCCCAGAGAGCCGCCACAGCCCAUGCAGACGCCGCCUCUCCGCCCGUCCGCCUCGAUCCCGUUCCACUGGGAGGAGGCGCCGGGAAAGCCAAGAGCCGGUGGUUCGCCAUGUUCGAAGAGCAAGAGCAAGAGCGCGAGGUGUCUGGAGCUGCCGCCGAGGCUGGUGCAUGAAGAGGCCAAAAUGACAAUGACAUUAAUGACGCCGUCGCCCACGACCGUGCUAGACGGGCCCUACGUGGGGCGGUCGCUGUCCCUCGCAUGCACAUUCUCGUUCAGGAAAGGGCCGGUGCCGGACGGCAAGAGGAAUUUGGGGUCGGGAAGGUGGGGGAGCGAGAGGAAGCUCGGUAGGGGUAGUAUGGACUUUUCGCAGUCGCUUGGAGAUAUUUUUAGGAGUGAGGAUAAUCUCAAACUUAGGAGGAGGAGGAGUUUCUUCGGUUUGUCUACCAUCAACUCCAAGUACUUGUGGGGUGACAUUUAUGCGAGUUUUAAGCAGGCGGUGUCGUGGAGGCGUAGCCCAUGAGAUGAUGAUCAACGAAGAUUUUGGCAUGCUCAAAAUAUAUAUAUAGAGAUGUUGAUUUUCCUAUGGAUUUACUUGCUAUCUACCACGGUUUCAUUUGAAUUUCCUCGCUUCAAAUUAUACAUAUAACUUUCUUCCUUGUAAUUAUUGUCAAACGGUUUAAUAUAAUGUUUUUGAGUCCUUCCAUGUUAAUUUAUCAUCUGCUGGUGUUGGUCCUUUUGAGGGAAUUGAAAAAGGAAUUUAUAUUUAGAUUUCAAGUGCUCAA